AAAAUCACGUGAAAGCUGCAGGGUUAAAAUCGUAACUUUCAGCCACAAAAUGUCUUGGGGAUAUCAAUUAUCGUAAGUAGAAUAUCCAUUACAUUUGAUCCCCUUGAUGCUCCCCAGGAACUCAAGUACUCAAACUAGUUCUGUUACUAUAAAACACUCGUGUAGCCUUCUAGACAGCAGCUCUGAAGUGACCCAGUUCAAUCUUGUUCAGUUUUUUCCAACCAUUUCAUCAAGUUAAGAAUACAGGUUUGAGGGUGAAGGUGGAAGUUGCUAUGGCUCAUUUGAUUUCUACCUCUUGUUCCAUAAGUAUCCCUUCAAGAAGCAAUUUUUGUUCCAAAGAACAGAAUAUUGUAGGCACAAAGGUCUCUUUUGCAUCCUUUGGUUCACAAGUUUCUAGCUUUUCGCUUAAGAAGCUUAUCCAUCGAGGAGAGAGAUCACAAAGAGUUUGCACUAUUCAUGCAACGACUCUCCCUUUGACUGAAGAAGCCAAAACUCAACCUAGCUCUGCCUCUACAAAUAUCUCUCAUGAAGGAUCAAAGAAAAAACGGGUAAUGAUUAUAGGUGGCGAUGGCUAUUGUGGCUGGGCUACUGCCCUCCACUUGUCUAAAAAAAAUUAUGAAGUUGCAAUUGUAGACAAUCUUGUCCGACGUAACUUUGACCAACAGCUUGGUCUUGACUCACUUACCCCAAUUUCAUCCAUCCAUAACCGUAUUCGACGCUGGAAAUCCAUUACAGGUAAGACCAUUGAUCUCUAUAUUGGUGAUGUCUGUGACUUCGAGUUUCUGUCGGAGACUUUUAAGUCAUUUGAACCUACUUCUGUUGUCCAUUUCGGAGAACAGAGGUCUGCCCCAUACUCCAUGAUUGAUAGAUCGAGAGCUGUCUACACUCAGCAUAAUAAUGUCAUCGGAACAAUAAAUGUUCUCUUUGCUAUAAAGGAAUAUAGUGAGGAGUGUCAUUUAGUGAAGCUUGGGACCAUGGGAGAAUAUGGAACCCCAAACAUAGACAUUGAGGAAGGUUACAUUACGAUUAAUCAUAAUGGAAGAUCAGAUACUUUACCUUAUCCUAAACAGGCAAGCUCCUUUUACCAUUUGAGCAAGGUUCAUGACUCGAACAAUAUAGCAUUCACUUGCAAGGCAUGGGGAAUAAGAGCAACUGACCUCAAUCAGGGAGUAGUUUAUGGUGUGAGGACAGAUGAGACUGAUAUGCAUGAAGAGCUUUAUAACAGGUUUGAUUACGACGGAAUAUUUGGAACUGCUCUAAAUCGUUUCUGUGUCCAAGCUGCAGUUGGUCAUCCGCUUACUGUUUAUGGGAAAGGGGGCCAGACUAGAGGAUAUCUAGACAUACGAGACACAGUUCAGUGUGUUGAGCUUGCCAUCGCUAAUCCAGCACAGCAAGGCGAAUUCCGGGUCUUCAAUCAAUUUACCGAGCAGUUUUCUGUAAACGAACUUGCUGCCCUUGUUACAAAGGCAGGAGCAAAGCUUGGGAUUGAUGUCAAAACCAUAUCUGUGCCCAACCCUAGAGUAGAGGCAGAAGAACAUUACUACAAUGCAAAGCACUCCAAACUCACCGAAUUGGGACUCAAACCUCAUCUUCUCUCAGACUCCCUUCUCGACUCUGUGCUUAAUAUCGCAGUCAAGUUCAAAGACCGUGUAGACACAAAACAAAUAAUGCCCAGUGUUUCUUGGAAAAAAAUUGGCGUCAAACCAAAAACUAUUGCGGCCUAAGACCCGAAGACGAGGAGAGACCUUAACAGGUAUCAGUAGCAUGGAAUAGUACAAAUGAAUAUCUCGUCCUUAUAGCCCAGUUACUAGAUUAUAUAUGCAUUAUUACAUGGUGAACACUAAAGCUAGGCUGUUUACUGUUGUAUUCAACAAUGUAUACUUGUAUUGUAAGUACUAUGUUAAAAGGUGAGUUGUUUUGGCACUGUAAUGAUUUUCAAGAAGCUGAGCUUGUUUUGAUCUGA